UUAAGAUCAGAUAUAGUAGAGCAGAGUUUCGAUCAGACAUGGACCAGGCUUGAAACCCCAGUCGCCAGCGACUUACCGAUCAGCAGGAUUGUCUAUAUAUGCUAACCAUGCAUGCAGCGAUCAAAACUCAGUUCCAGAUUCGACCAUACCAAGCCAACGUGCAUUUGCAUCUACCACCAAUAUGGCAUCUCCAAGGCGGGGUGAGUGAGAACUGGUUGCCAGAGAGCCCAGUCCAGUCCAGCACAGGCGGUCAACUCCCUUGCCGAUGUCUUCAACUUAAAAACCACGCAAAUAGAAGCUGGGGGGAAGAGGGGGACAGGGAGAGCGAUAAUUGGGCCCUUGGCUGCAGGGCGGCUGCGAGACCAUGUCAGGGGUUCAGGACAUUAUUAGCUCUCCUGUCCGCGGACGUGCAUAGUGUAUGUGCGACGGCGUCACACGGCAGGGUGGGCCACCUAGUCUGCUGCAGGUCCCAUGGGUGCGUCUGCAUGGCUGACGAGAAGGGUACGGGGUUUAGAUGGGGGGGAGGGAUUCUGCCUAGGGGGGGAGGAUCUAUUGGGGUGUUAUUAUUAGGGAUGCUUAUAGUACAGUAGGGGUAGUGGUGAAGGGCCCGGGGCCAUUAGGCGCCCUGUUCAAUAUGGGGAAUACGAGCGUAGCAAUAGCGACCGGGGAAACACG